CUCAGUCCUAGAAGGAGGCAGGACGCAUAUGUGUUCAUGAGAAAUUAAACAGAGAGGAAACAGUGGGAAGCUGCAGGUAUUGAUUAGCACACAGUCACUGUUGACCAACAGCAGACCUGUCCUGGAUUAAGAUGACUCAUGUGAAAAGGUUUCAAGGGAUUCCCAUGUCAAAGUCAAUGAGAGGUUUGUGUAAAGAGGAGGACUAUGCUUUUCUGGGAAUGUCAGAAAAGACGACGAAGGAAACGGCAAGAGUAGCUGGAGCUUUGGGGGAUGACUGGCGAGACCAAAAGGAGGAGAGGGUCCGCAGGCGACUGGAGAGAGAGCAGCAGGAGAAAGAGAGACUUCAAGAAAUAGAAGAGGGCAAAAAGGAGAAAGAGCAGCAGUGGCGGACUCACGUAGCGGAGCUGACCUCCAGCCAGGAGAAGACCCUGCAAGACAGACUGGCAAGACUCAGGAGAUUCAGGGAGUUCCAGAGGAAGGUGCUAGUAGAGGAGUCAGGGAUGGAGGACAGGGCAGCCAGCAUCACAGUCAACCAACUUCUCACUAGGAUGUAGAAGCACCAUAUGAGAGACCGGCUUAUGAUAAACGUACUUAUUUUGUUGCACUUUCACAUCAAUAAAUGAUGUGUCACUGUGUCAACUGAGACAUUAGUGUGAUCAAUGUAAAUGAAUUAGAUGCUCGUGGAAACCAGCUGCAGUAUGAGGGACUUCCACAUCGAGUUAACUCAGCUGUAGUGGCUGCAGGUAGCUGUUGAGCUGUGAAAACCUAAAAUGUCACAGAAGUGACCCAGUUAAGAGCCAAAUAGUGAUAAAUAUCAAAUCUGAUAUCAGAUUGUGCAGCAGGAACCAAUAGGCACUACAACUCCUGGCUACAGCUUUCGCCAUUUAAACAGUAGAUAAAUGAAUCCAGACCUGAAAUAACCAAAAUAACCUCCCCAUUGCUACACACUCCCUAUUCAGCACCGUUGCUGCAGGACAACUGAGCAAUUGAUUACAAUCUUCCAGUUUUGUUCUUAAUCCAAAAAAAGCCCAAGCUAUUUAAAAAAAACAAAAAAUAAAUCUAUCAGCAUCUUCAAGCUCACUAAUGAACUUCCCGGAGUCUUGCUGUCAACAUGAGGUUGAGAAAGUAAUAGCACCUAAUUCCCUAUAAAACCAUAGCUACACUUUGGUUUUUUGUAUGGCUUAAACAGAAGACACAAACUGCUAGUGAGCCUUUAAAGUGCUGGUAGGUGGAUUUUUAGGCUUUGGAGUGAGUCAGGCUUGCUGUUUCCCGUCUUCUAGUCUGCUAAGCUAAUUAAUCACCUUUUGGAUCCAGCUUUAAUUGCGGUCUCAUCUCUUUAUUGUGGUCUCAUCCCUCGGCAAGAAAGUGAAUAUUUCCCAAAAACUAUUUCCUUGAUAGUAAACCACUGUGGAAACUCCAACAAUUGUAGUGUAACAUAAAAUUAAAUCUCUGCAUUCUUCAGCUGGCUAAAUGUGGUUAUAUAACUACUGCACAAGGAGCCAAAACUGAGAAAUUACAAAAUUGUUUGUUGUUAUAUUAUGAUAUUAUCAGAUUUGACAUGACUUCAGAUUCCCAGACUCACCCACCAUAAAUACUUUUUAAAGUUUUAAAGAAGGUUUGUGAGCAAUUACUUUAUCUGAGCUGAGUUAAAGGUGCUGUGCAAAAAGUUGGAUCUUAUCACGAUAUAAUGGGGCUGUUUAAUGGACUAAACUAUUGUCAAAAAAGAAAAAAAAAUCAGGCCAUAAUGUCUACCCAAUAUCAUUUUAUGAUCAUCUGCAGCUUAGUGGAUGAAAAUCACAAUGAGUCAGACGAGAAAAUAACCCCAGAAUUAUUCAUUGUUUAUGUUGUGUUCUGUUUUCAUGCAGUGUCCAAUGUGAAAAGGAUGAAGCCUGCAAAGCAUUUUGGGGUCAUAAAACAUCACUUUCUGUGGAAUUUUGCUCUAAAUGUUUCAUGCCCUCAUGUUUUUAGGGAUUUAUCUCAGCCAUACGUAAAUCUACAGCAUGUGUGAGUGUGAACCUUGCUACUUUUUUUCCUUUCUUUCUUUUUUAAAAACACAUUCUGGUAAAUGUUCAUAUCAGUGUCAA